UCCCCUCACUUCAUUUCCUUUCACUCCAGCAGCUAGGGUUUACCAUCUCUCUCUCUCCCAAUCAGAACCAUGACUCUCUACCGCCUCAUUCUCCGCUCCCUCCGCCGGUCAACCUCUCUCUCCUCCACCAUCACCGCCGCCGCCGCAAACCAAACCCUCUCUCUCCCCCCUCCUUCCCCCACUUCCCUAACCCCCACCCGCUCCUUCGCCUUCUCAUCUGCCGAGGAAGCCGCCGCCGAGCGCCGCCGCCGCAAGCGCCGCCUCCGCAUCGAACCCCCUCUCCAUGCCCUCCGCCGCGACCCCUCCGCUCCCCGCCCCCCGCCCGACCCCAACGCCCCCCGCCUCCCCGAUUCCACCUCCGCCCUCGUCGGCAAGCGCCUCAACCUCCACAACCGCGUCCAGUCCCUCAUCCGUGCCGGCGACCUCGACAACGCCUCAGUAGUCGCCCGCCAGUCGGUCUUCUCCAACUGCCGCCCUACCGUCUUCACCUGCAACGCCAUCAUGGCCUCCAUGUACCGAGCCAAACGGUACGACGACGCGGUCGCCCUCUUUCAAUUCUUCUAUAACCAAUCUAACAUUGUGCCUAACGUGGUAUCCUAUAACGUGCUCAUAAAUACUCAUUGUGAUGCUGGUCGUGUUGAUGAGGGUUUGAAUGUUUACAGACAUAUUAUAGCUAAUGCCCCGUUUAGUCCCUCACAUGUGACGUAUCGGCAUUUAACGAAAGGGUUAGUCGAUGCGGGUAGGAUAGGUGAAGCCGUUGACUUACUAAGGGAAAUGUUAAAUAAGGGGCACGGGGCGGAUUCACAAGUUUAUAACAAUUUGACCUUAGGGUUUUUGAAUUUGGGGAACUUGGAUAAGGCCAAUGAGUUUUUUGACGAGCUGAAAGAGAGGUGUUUGGUGUACGAUGGGAUUGUGAAUGCAACGUUUAUGGAUUGGUUUUUUAAUCAAGGGAGGGAGAAGGAAGCUAUGGAAUCGUACAAGUCGUUGCUUGACAAACAAUUUAGGAUGAUUCCUGCGACUUGUAAUGUGCUUAUGGAGGUGUUGCUUAAGCACGGGAAGAAAAUGGAGGCUUGGGCGUUGUUUGAAACCAUGUUGGAUACUCACACCCCGCCCACUUUCCAAGGGGUCAAUUCGGACGCUUUUAACAUAAUGGUUAACGAGUGUUUCAAUUUGGGGCAAAUCUCUGAGGCAUUUGAUGUGUUCAAGAAAGUGGGGAAGAAGCCUGGGUCGAAGCCAUUCGCCAUGGAUGUGGCAGGGUACAAUAACAUUAUCACUAGGUAUUGUGAGCUUGAGAUGAUGGAGGAUGCAGAGAAGAUGUUUGUUGAGUUGACGUCCAAGUCGUUAUCCCCGGAUGUUAACACAUACAGAACCCUAAUCGAUGCUUAUUUUAAGGUGGGGAAGGUUGAUGAUGCAUUGCAGAAGUAUACCAAGAUGGUUGAGUCUGGCUUGAGAGUGAUUCCGGAAUAUGCCAAUAGAUGGUUUAGUGCACUGAUUGAGAAUGGGAAAGUUUUUUACUGUGCUCCGAUUUUGACAAAAAUGUGUGAAAGAGAUCCAAAACCAGAUGCAGUGAGCUAUGACGUGGUGAUUAAAGGGCUUUGUAAGGAAGGUAACUUCGACUUGAGUAUUGAGUUAGUGGGUCAUAUGUUGAGGUACGGUGUUGGUGUUGCUCCUGGAUUGAGGGAAUUUUUGAACGAGGAAUUUGGGAAAGUAGGAAGAGUUGAGGAGAUUGAGAGGCUUUUAGCGAUGAGGGGACUGGGUUAUGGUGGAUCCUGGAGGCCGUCAGGACCAGAUACAGUAGGAUCCCCUCGAAUGCCAGGAGCUGUACCAGUUUAAUUUGAGGUAAAAUAUCACCAUUUUAAAUUUGCUCAUUCUCAUGUAUCAGGUACUUUUAUUUGAUUGGGCAAUGAACUCUAGAUUAUUUAUACUCCAUGUGAUUAGCAUCUCAUAUGCCACAAGUCUGAGGGAUGAGGUGUUUCUUUGCAGUUGGGCUAUGAUCACGCGGUUUUGCACACGACAUGCACCUUUGUAAGCUGAUGAUAACAUUGCUAGUUAUUAUUGGGAUGUCUUCGUGUUAAUAAUUGAAUAAGUUACUAUGAUAGCUAUGUUGCUUUCA